AUGUCAAGUGCACUUUCAAAACGUCGCAAGCAUGAGCUCAAGGAGCUGGCCUCCAGUCUGGGCAUUUCCUCUGGAGGCGUUCGAGAAGAACUCGUCGAAAGAAUUAGAUUUGGACGUGGUUCCGACUCUGAGAGUGCUGAGGAUCCAUUGUCGGAGCACCUGGUCCGCAACUUCAUGGGAGACCUACAAACCGAUAUCCAUGACGCAAAGGAGCUUGCAAUCUCGCUGGAACAUACCCUCCACGAAAAGUUGCAGUCUGGACAGGCGACCAUAAGGCGGGCCUCCAAGGAUUUGACCUCUAGCGUUGUUAACGUUAUAGAAGACGUUGUUGGAGCCGUGUCGGGCAACAAGGGCAAGAGCGUCCAUGGCGGGUCCUAUCAUUCCCAAGCAGACGAGGAUAGCGAUCACCAUCGUCACAGCCGCUAUUGCCGUCACGGCCAGGAUGGCGAGAAGGAGCAUGUGAGUCUUUGCGACAAAGUCUGUAGCAUGAUCAAGCACCGUUUCGCGAACUGUGCUUCCUGCACAUCCAACAAGUGGCAAACGUUGCAUGAUCUGGGCUCAAACAGUCUGGGUUUUGUCUGGAUCACCCUCCUUCUCGAGCUGACAGUUUUUCUCUCAUCGGCAUUCGCUCAGAGCAGCCAGCACGGAGAGGGAUGGUUCUCUUGCUUAAACCUUUUGACCAAUUGGCCCAACUUCUUGAAGCCAUUUUUCGCAUACUAUGGAACCCUGUUUGUCAUCCCUACCCUCCUCUCCCAACUCUUCAACGUUGACCGAUCACGCUUGCACAAGCACGACCAGACCCAGCCAUCCGGUCUCCUUUCCCGAAAGACUACUUCUGGACUUUCCUACUUUGUCUUCAAGUUUGCCAUAACCUAUUUCCUCAGCCAGACCCUUGCCGCCAAUCUUCAUGCUGCUAACCCUGGUCUCGUUGGACUGGCCAAGGAAGCUGUUGAGACUGCGGUGAACCACGUUAGUCGCCAACCCGUCCUCAUGAAGAACUGCGCUCUGUUACCCCAGGUCUUCCGGUACAUCCCCGAGAGCGUUAGUCUAUCGACCUCUGGUGUAGGGACCAUCUUAGCUCUUGCAGAGACCGCUCUCUCCAGACGCCGAUAA